UCAAGAUUUUUGAUGACGCGAGUGGCGUUACGUUCUGCAGUUUUUGGAAAUUUGGAAGAAAACAAAACUGAUUGCCACCAUUCAGAAAAUAAUUUUAAUAGUUCCAUCAAAUCUAACUAAUUUUUAUUUUCAACCAAAAGUUUAAUUCAAACCACUAAAAACAAGAAAAUGUUCACUCUCUGGGCGCUGGUUGAAGCAGGGCUGCUCUGCUUGAAUGCAGUUUGUAUCCUACAUGAACAACGAUUUUUGGCUAAAUUUGGAUGGGGUGCAAGUUCCGCACAGAUUCAAGGCUUUGGAGAAGCCCCCACGAUCAAAACUCAAGUGCUUAACCUGGUGCGGGCCAUUCGAACAGUUGCCAAGGUUCCGCUCAUUAUAAUCAACCUGUUGGCGAUAUUUUUCAAAUUACUUCUAGGAUGAUGGGGAUACACCAAGGGUGAGUUAAAAAGAUUUUUCUGUAAGAAAAUGGUGACCAUACGAAACGUUGAAAUUAAUGUGUGUUGUAAAUAAACCGGAAAAAUGUUUAUGUAAA